AGGAUGUCGUAUCUAAUAUCGCGUGCAAAGUUGCCAGCUGCCCGCUGUCGAUAACACGACGGCUAGUUUGGUGCACUAUUCGUCACUGCUCGCGGAACGCUAUUCAACGAGAAGACGACGUAACACUGCCGGCCUGGCAGUUGUGUCGCGGUUGUGAAAUUGCCUUAGUGGUUGUGAAACACAAGUGUCCCGAGGGCGAGGGGAACGAGGGCCGUUAACGAAUAUGGUGUAAAAAAAAGAAAAAGAGUUUUCAAGUGAAGAAUUUUUAGAUAAUGGAGUUCGAGUUGGACGGAAGCCUGAAGGAAUGGGUAAAGGACAAACCGUUGAGCAUCCUGCAGCUGGAUCCUGCUGACAGAGCCGUAUUACGGAUCGCCGACGAACGAGACGCGAUCCAAAAGAAAACAUUUACAAAAUGGGUGAACAAGCAUCUGAAGAAGGCCAGCAGACAUAUCGGAGAUCUAUUCGAAGACCUGCGGGACGGGCACAACCUCAUUUCCUUGCUGGAGGUCCUCUCAGGAGAGCAUCUCCCGCGGGAAAGAGGUCGGAUGCGUUUCCACAUGCUGCAGAAUGUGCAAAUGGCCCUAGACUUCCUUCGCUUCAGAAAAAUCAAACUUGUCAAUAUCCGUGCCGAAGAUAUCGUCGAUGGAAAUCCUAAGCUGACCCUAGGUUUGAUAUGGACCAUCAUACUACACUUCCAGAUAUCAGAUAUUGUAGUUGGUCAAGAACCGAACGUAACUGCCCGCGAGGCUCUACUCAGAUGGGCAAGAAGAUCGACAGCGCGUUAUCCUGGUGUACACGUAACAGACUUUACAGGAUCGUGGAGAGACGGGCUGGCUUUCAGCGCGUUGAUACACAGGAACAGGCCAGAUUUGGUCGAUUGGAGAGGAGCUCGAGCAAGUCAGCCAAGAGAGCGGCUCGACCGGGUAUUCUACGUCGCGGAGCGCGAGUAUGGCGUUACGAGGCUUCUCGAUCCUGAAGAUGUGGAUACUCCUGAACCGGAUGAGAAGUCCUUGAUAACGUACAUCUCUUCGCUCUACGACGUGUUCCCGGAGCCGCCGGCGAUUCAUCCGUUGUACGAUGCCGAGGCUCAAAGGCGUUCGGCGGAGUACAGAGAGCUGGCUAAUUCCCUCCAUAUGUGGAUACGCGAGAAUAUGUGUCUGAUGCAGGAACGUGCCUUCCCUCCAACGUUGAUCGAGAUGAAGAAAUUAGCGGCCGACAGCACGAAAUUCAAGAACGAAGAGGUACCGCCGCGGUACAGGGACAAACAGAGGCUCGCCCAUAUAUUCAGGGAUCUGCAGAAAUAUUUCGAGGCGGUGGGCGAGGUAGAUAUGGAGCCUGAAUUACAUAUCGAGGUGAUCGAGAAGAAUUGGAACCGAUUGAUGAUGUUGCAUAUGGAGCGUGAACAAGCGAUCACCGACGAAAUUAAACGACUCGAACGACUGCAACGACUGGCAGAGAAAGUGCACAGAGAGAUGAAGGCGACCGACAAUCGACUGGAGGAGUUAGAGAGACGCGUAGAAGAUGAAGCGAGACGCCUUGAUCGACUUCAUCCUUUGGAGGCGAAACACGCGGUGGAUCUAUUGGAACAGGAUAUUCGUAACACCGAGAUUCAGAUUCAAAAUAUAUUCACGGACGUGCAUACUCUUACCGAGGGACGAUACAGUCAGGCAGCCGAACUUCAUAAAAGAGUUCAGAAGCUACAUCAACGAUGGGUCGCCCUGCGAUCUCUUCUUCACAAACGUUUGGUACAGCCGCUGUCGGCCGUGUCUUUCCCGGUAGAGGAACGCGUCGUCACGAAACACCGUACAACCGUCCAUGAAACACGAUUAGUAGACACGAAUCCCCAAUUCCGUGCGUUACACGACUGCAUCGACUGGUGCAAGGCUAAGAUUAAACAGCUCCAGGAGGCGGACUACGGCUCAGAUCUGCCUAGUGUUCAAAACGAGCUGGACGUUCACCAAAGGGAACAUAAAAACAUCGAACAAUUCCAUACUAAAGUAGACAAAUGCGUACAAUACAAGAGCCACUUCCACGGCGAAGAACUGACGUUGUACAAUCAACACCUUGCUGUUUUACAAAAGCUUUACGUGGAAUUAUUGUCGGCCUCUAAUAAGAGACUUUCCGAUUUGGACACGUUGCACGACUUUAUACAAUCAGCGACCGGAGAGUUGGUUUGGUUGAGUUCGAAAGAGGAGACAGAAGUGACGCGAGACUGGAGCGACAAGAAUUUGAACGUGCAGAGUAUCGAACAGUAUUACGAGUCCCUCAUGAGCGACCUAGAGAAGCGAGAAAUCCAGUUCUCCGCGGUGCAAGAUCGCGGUGAAGCUUUGGUCCUACAACAUCAUCCUGCCGCGAAAACCAUCGAGGCCUACAUGUCUGCUAUGCAGAGCCAAUGGGCCUGGUUACUCCAAUUAACCCUUUGUUUAGAAGUCCAUUUGAAACACGCGGCUCAGAGUCAACAAUUCUUCAGAGAGAUACAACAAGCGGAACAGUGGAUCUCGAAGAGAGACGAGACAUUAAACACUACUUAUUCUCAAUCAGACUUCUCGUUGAACGAAGGUAAUCGCCUUGUGAAGGGCAUGCAAGAGCUGCGGGAAGAAUUGAAUAGCUACGGUGAUCACGUGCAGAAAUUAGUGCAACAAGCAAAAGACAUCGUACCAAUGAAGCAACGUCGACAACCCGUGACGCCUCCAAUGCAAGUCACUUGCAUCUGCAGUUACAAACAAGUGAACAUGUCGAUCGAGAAGGGCGAACAAUGCACGUUAUACGACAACUCUGGUAGGAUAAAGUGGCGCGUGAAGAACCAGGAGGGCGUUGAAUCUCCGGUUCCAGGCGUUUGCUUUUCUCUCCAUCCACCUGACAAGGAAGCUCUCGACGCUGCGGAGAGGUUACAGCGACAAUACGACCGAAGCGUGGCUCUGUGGCAACGUAAACAGCUUAGAUUGAGACAGAACAUGAUAUUCGCGACCAUCAAAGUGGUGAAGGACUGGGAUCUCCCUUAUUUCCUAGCUCUGGGUCAAGAUCAACGAACUGCUAUAAGAAACGCAUUGAACGAGGACGCUAAAGAAUUGUUAUCGGAAGGUGAUCCCGCUGAUCCGCAACUGAGAAGAUUAAAACGAGAAAUGGCUGAAGUGAACAAGCUGUUCGACGAGCUAGAGAAACGUGCUAGAGCAGAGGAAGAGUCGAAGAACGCGGGACGUAUUUUCAACGAGCAGGUCUCUGCUCUUCAGCAAGCAUUAGACGAAGCUGAGAGAGUUCUGAAUACUCGUAUAGCUGUACCAUUGCCCAGAGACCUGGAGAGUUUGGAACAUUUAGUCCUACAGCAUAAAGAUUUCGAGCAAAGUCUGAAACGCCUGGCUCCGGAUCUAGACAGGGUCGUGCAAACCUUCCGAGGUAUCACCUUAAAGACUCCAGCGAUGAGGAACAAGCUGGACGCGGUCAUCGCCAAGUCGAAUCACAUCUGGAACGCAAGCAAUCGUUAUAUCGAACGACUGAAGUGUAUCGAGAUCGUGUUGUCUGGUCUAGAGGAGAACACCACCUCGAUGUCUGAGUUUGAAUUGAAAUUAGCCUCGUUCGACGAAUUACCCUCCGACUUGGAGGGACUUCAAAACGUAUUGGAAGACUUGAUGGUACUUCAGAACGCCUCUAGCCAACAACAAACUGCUAUAGAUCAACUGAACGAAGAUGCACACAACGCGAGACGCAUGAUGAAGUCAAGACCGAAUCAUCGUGGUCCUCACUCAGACAUGGAUAGAUUGGACGCUGAAGUGAACAAAUUAAACGCCAGGUGGACGAAUCUUUGCAGACAACUGGUAGACAGACUUCGUAGCGCAGAAACGGCUUACGGAUUAGCUCAACAAUUGGAACACGCGUACAGAAACGAGGUUGAUUUCGUCGAUGAAUCGUACGGCAAGCUCGAAGUGGAGAACGCGAAGAAUCUAUUAAACAGAGUGGUGGAACGUGCUCCAGCGAUCGAGGCGGUAAAUGUGACUGGUGGUCGAUUGAUUCGUGAAGGAAAGAUCUACGGACAAAGCCUUCGAGCGUUCAAGGAACAAUUGGAAGAUAUCUGCCCAUCUCUGGAUGCUUCCGUGAAGAAACCACGAAGAGAAUACGUCUCGACCGUUGACGACAUCGCUAGAGACCUAGAUACAUUGAACAGGAGGUACACCACGCUGGUGAAUAUUCUUCAAGAUCGUGUUAAACAACUUGCAACACUUCAUCCUGAGGAUACGUCUCUACAGCGAGCGCUUCAGGAACAAAGGCCGCUCAGGACGUUCCGCACUGAGUUCAACAUUUACGAGAGCAGCACCUGCGAAGAACGUUACACCUCAACGACCACGCACUAUACUCAGUCACAGUAUAGUCUGGAACGACACGAGAGGACAGAAAGAACCGAGAAAACCGAGACGAUCCUGUCCAGUGAUUCGUUACGACCCUCUAGCUCGCAGGAGAGCACACAUUUAGAUAGUAGAACAGCGUCUCUACAAGGCCAGGAUGCCGGUGUUACCACGAUUAGCGUUGUACAAUCGGAGAGGGAGAGCAACAACGAGCUGGACAGAGAGAAGCGUAAACGGGAUGAUGUGGAGGAGGAUGAGAAGGAGAAGAGGAUCGACGAGAGGGACGAGUCAUGUUGGUCCCGAACGAGCAGUAUUAGCGGGAGCAGCGUGCAUUUUAGCGAGAUUAGGAGUCUAAAGAGGAUAGAGAGGUCGGAGGAGGGUAUAGGUACGGAGAAUGUAAUCGAAGCUAGGGGUAUCUUAGAUCCACGUACCGGAAACGUGUUAACUGUGGGCGAGGCGAUCAGUCUUAGGAUCUUGGACGUUAGGAGGGGUAGGAUAGUGUGCUCGAGGGACGGGAAAAAGACCUGUACUAUAGAGGAGGCAGCACGUGAGAAGAUAAUCGAUACGCGUCUCGCUGAUCGUCUGUUAGGUCCGUGUGGCUUUGACGAGGAGGGACGACCGGUGUCUCUACUCGAGGCGAUCCAGCGGGAGCUGUUCGAUGCGGAGAAGCCUGAUGGCGUGAAAACUCCUGAAAAAGAACCAAGACAAGCGGUCGAAGAGAAGUACAAACUAUGCGACGAAACGUCAUCGAGACUUUUACAGUGGAUAUCAGAGGUCGAGGACAAGCUGGCCAAUCAGGACAACGUCAAAGAAGACAAGGACGAGUUACGAAAUCAAAUAAACGCGAUGAAAGAGAUCAAAGAAGAUCUAGAAGCCCAUGCACGUCCUGUCUCCUCCUGUCUCGAUCAGAUUCGUCAGGUGGUUCUGACUGGUGGCAACGUGUUGUCCAGCGAAGAAGUGUCUACAUUGGAAAGGAAUGGUCGAUCCUUGAAGACCAGGUUCGACAGAGCCUCGGAUCGUACCGAGAGAAUGGUUAAGCGAUUGAUCGCAGCCAGCGAUGAAUUGGUUAAAUUCAAGAAUGAGUUGUCUACGUUCUCUCAUUGGUUAGACAAUGCAAGAAGAGUGUUGGAAGAGAAAGAACAUUCCUUAUCAGACUUGAACAGACUGAAUAGCAGCACGGACUCCACGCGAGACUUCAUCAGCGAUGUCAUAGCGCACCAAGCUGAUCUUAGAUUCAUCACAAUGGCUGCACAGAAAUUCGUAGACGAGAGCAAAGAAUUCUUACAUGUUCUGAAUGAAUUCCGAACCAGUUUGCCACAGAGACUGCCUCAUAAAGAACCUAUAGCCAGUCAGGACUCUCCUGUACGUGGCGAGGUCUCUGUAGUCACUGCACAAUACAAGGACUUAUUAUCACGAGCUAAUUCGUUGUCUGACAAGCUUUCUGGUAUCGGAGGAAGGCAGAGAGAUUAUCGUGAAUCUCUUGAGAAGGCUAAUAGCUGGCUGAAGGAAGUUGAACCAAAGAUACACAGAGCUAUCUCAGAAACCGUUGCAGCUGAGCCAAAACAAGUGGAAGAUCAAUUGAGCAAGGCGAAAGCACUUAACAACGAGAUGUUAGCUAACGAGCGUUUAGUUGAGAACGUAAAGGUUACUGUUGAGGCUCUUCUGAGGUCUUUGGAUGGACAACUGACACCAAAGGAAGUGGACGAGUUGGAAGAGCCAGCUAAAGCUUUGGAAGACAAGUACAGACAGCUGACUAAUGCCAUUGGUGAAAAGUGUCAGGAACUGGAUGCAGCGCUUGUUCGAAGUCAGGGGGUACAAGAUGCACUGGACAGCUUGGUGCUUUGGUUGAACAAUAUCGAGAGCCAGUUCAAAAAUAUUCAACGACCCGCCAGUUUACAAAAAGAACGCCUGGAAGAACAACAGAGGGAUCAGCGUCUGCUUCAAGCAGACUUAGACAGUCAUCGUUUGAGUGUAGAAGCGGUAGCCAGCAGUGCUCGUGAUCUGUUAACGAAUUCCAGUAAUGCAAGAAUUGCGAAACGCAUAGAGAGCAAAUUGAAGGACGUCCAGGGAAGAUUCGAGAAGCUGAUGGACAAAUCCUUGCGCAGGGGUGAAUUCUUGGACGAAAUUGCACAAUCUCUCAGCGAUUUCCUCGUUGAAGCUACUAAAUUCGACGGCUGGUGCGCUCAUAUGAUCGAAUCGUUAGAAUCGAGAGACUUGAACAAAUUGGACGUUGCUGAGUACGAGAUCAAAAUGGCGAACCUAAUGGAUAAACGUGAAGAUCAACGAUCUAAUUUUGAAGACGUGAUUCGCAAUGGAAAGAAUCUGAUUUCGAAGAAGGACGUCACUGAUGCUGCACCUAUCAGAGACAAGAUUAAGGCGCUUGAAUCUCAAUGGAAGGAAGUUAACAAUCUAAUCGAUGAGAAACAACGACUCAGCAAAUCCAGAGCCGAACAAUUGUCUGCUUAUGAGAAACUUCGUGACCAAGUCAUUGAUUGGUUAACACGUACCGAAAACAAGGUUCAAAGAUUAGAACCUGUAGCUGUUGACUUAGAAAAAUUAAAGAGACAAGCUGAUGAAUUGAAACCUAUUCAGAAAGAGUACCGUGAUUACGGUAAUACUGUGGACAAAGUGAACGACCUUGGAAUUGCAUACGAUGGCUUGCUCAAAGAACGCACUGAGAGUCCAACUCGUCGUCGCGGUAGUACCAGUCCAACUAAGAGACCAGUACGACGAAUGUCACAAGACGGUCGCUCACCAUCUCCCGCUAAAUUGUAUGCUGCUCAAAGUCCGGUCUCCCCAGGUGGUAGCAGCGGCUUCAGCAAGAUCAACAAUAGAUACGGAUUGCUGGGCGUUCGUCUUACCGACCGUCAAACGGAACUGGACAACGUGAGGGACGAGUUGAGGAGGCAUAUGGACAACUUGAAGACGCUUUCUCAGUUCUUAGAGAAGAUUCAGAGACAAAUACCUAAAGAGACUAUGCCAAGCACGAAAGAGGAGGCAGACAAGACAGCCAAGCAGAUCAAGAUCGUUAUUGAGGAGAUGUACGAAAAACAAUCGCUACUAGACACCACCAGAACUCAAGUACGUGACUUGGUUAGACGUAAAAAGGGAGCAGAUGGCGUAGACAGAUUGAAUGACGAGAUGGAAGAUGUUACCAGCCAAUGGAGAUCCUUUAGCGAACGUUGCAAGAAUAGAAUAAAGUUCUUGGAUGACGUGAAAGACUUCUAUGAUACAUCUGAGGGUCUGGCGUCGUGGUUAGGAUCUAAGGAAAGAAUGUUGAGUGCUUUGGGACCUAUUUCUGCUGAUCCCAGAAUGGUAGCCAGUCAAGUUCAACAGGUUCAAGUUUUGAGAGAAGAAUUCCGUACUCAGCAACCUCAGUUGGAUCACUUGAUUCAAGUUGGAGAGAAUAUCUUGGGAGUCAUAGGAACUGACUCCACUGAUGGCCAAAGAACAAAUAGCAAAUUAAGAUCCAUUUUGGACAAAUGGUCUGACCAAUUGGCUCGUUUAGACGAGAGGGCGCAAAGUUUGGGUGACGCAGUUGACACCAGCCGCGAAUUUGACGCAAGUUUGAACCGUCUGCGUGACGCUUUGCAAGCAAUUUCAGAUAAUCUCGAUGAAUUGACUCUUGAAAAAGAUCCUGAAGAUCAAUUGCGCAAGAUUGAGAAUCUUGAGAGGCAACUGGAAGGUCAAAGACCUUUGUUGGCCGAUGCUGAGGCAGCUGGAGACCAAUUGUGCGAAGUUCUGAGUGAUCCAGCUUCUAAAUCUGAGAUUCAUGGAAAAUUGGCUGCAGUUGGAAAAAUGUACAACAACUUGCAAAAGAAAUUGGACCACAAGAAGGCUGAGAUAGAGGGCAAUCUGCGAGAUGGAAGACAGUUUGAAGCCUCCUGUACCAAAACCUUGGGUUGGCUCGCUGAUGAACUUGGAAACAUGUCCGAGAAGCUUUUGGUAUCCGCUGACAAGGAUGUCUUGCAACAACAACUCGACCACCAUGAGCCCAUAUAUAGAAACGUAAUGGGCAAAGAGCACGAAGUCAUUAUGCUCCUGAACAAGGGUCGAGACAUGUUGACGCGAUCUCAGAAGACCGAGAACCGAUCUCUGCAGCGUGAUUUAGACAAGAUGCAAUCACAAUGGGAUCGUCUGAAGAAGGACAUGCUCGACAGACACACCAAACUGCAGACAUGUGCGGAACAUUGUAAGAAGUACUACAAAGCCCAAGACGCAUUCUUACCAUGGCUACGACAAGCUGAAGAUAGACUCGAGUGCCUGAAACCAGCUUCUUUCAAACGUAAAGACAUAGAGAAACAAUUGAAAGAAUUAUCCUCAUUCAGAAACGAGGUCUGGAAGCACUCUGGAGAAUUUGAAAAUAACAAGACUCUUGGAGAGACCUUCCUUGGAGCUUGUGAUAUAGAUAAACAGAAUGUUAAGAAUGAGCUUGGUGCCAUGAAGACCAGGUGGGACAAAUUGAACAAUGAUCUGAUAGCAAGGACACAGUCUCUGGAGGAUACUGCAAGGCACUUAAUGGACUUCAAUGAAAAUCUACGAGAACUACGCCACGGCUUGCAGCGUUGUGAGGAUAAAUUGGCGUCCCAUGAUGCCCUCGGUGGAGCGGCCAAAGACCCGAAGCUUCUCGAUAGGAUAAAGAGUUUACGAGAAGAGACGACGAACCUGAAGAAGCCUUUACAAUGCGUGAAACAACAGGCCAACGACCUGAUGAACAAGGCUGGCGAGCAAGGAGUGGAUGCAACGCACUUACAAGAUGAAGUAGACAACCUGACCGAUAGAAUCAACGAUCUACAAUCUAAAUUGGAUGACAGAUGCAACGAACUACAGAGCGCGGCUACUGCGGUUGCACAGUUCAACGAUCACGUCAAGACAAUUAGUCAACAGAUCACCAGUAUCGAGAAGGAGAUGGACUCGAUGAAAGCAGCAAGCAGAGAAAUCAAGAUCGUACGAAUCCAGAUAGAAGAGACAACGAAGGUAACGGUCAAGGUGACUCGUCUGUACGAGGAAGUUACUGACUUAGAAGGUCUUGGAGAACGUUUGGUCGAUUAUGGUUUCGCGGCUGAUGCUGUGGCGACCAGAGAACAGGUUGCUGGGCUGAAACGACAGGUUGGAAAGCUGGAUGAUCGGUCUAGAGACCGUUACGACGAACUUACUACCACUCUGAACAAGUUACAAGAGUUCUAUCAAGCGCACACGAGAGUCAUGAGUGACAUUGAGGAUGCCAAUGAUCAUGUAAGGAAGUUCAAACCUGUUGGAUCUGAAGUGGAAUCCAUUAAGGCUCAACAAGAGGACUUCAGAUUGUUGAAGAUGAAUAAGAUCGAACCAUUGGCUCGUUCUGUUGAGGAGUGUAAUUCUCUUGGUCAGGCGUUAAUACAGACGGCUGGUCGUGACGUUAACACUGGAAAUAUCGAGAAGGAUGUUGAUAGAAUGAACGAGAGAUGGAACGAUCUGAAGGACAGACUCAACGAACGAGAUAGAAGAUUGGACGUGGGAUUGCUCCAGUCUGGAAAGUUCCAGGAGGCUCUGGAAGGUCUCCAGAAAUGGCUGACAGACACAGAAGAAAUGGUGUCCAAUCAGAAACCACCAUCAUCUGACUAUAAGGUAGUCAAAGCACAAUUACAGGAGCAGAAAUUCCUGAAGAAGAUGCUAAUGGACAGACAAAAUUCAAUGUCCUCUUUGUACAACAUGGGCCAGGAAGUGGCUGCUGGAGCAGAUCCUAAGGAAAGAAAGAUGAUCGAGAAACAAUUGAAAGAAUUAGUGGGAAGGUUCGAUAAUCUGACAGAGAGUGCAGCUGAGAGAAUGGAGGCUCUUGAACAAGCAAUGGGAGUGGCCAAACAGUUCCAAGACAAACUGGUACCACUUGCAAUCUGGUUAGACAAGACUGAGAAACGAGUCAGAGACAUGGAGCUUGUUCCAACUGAUGAGGAGAAGAUCCAGCAACGUGUUGCAGAACACGAUGCCCUUCACGAAGACAUUCUAUCAAGGAAACCAGAUUUCAGUGAACUCACAGAGAUUGCUAGUCAACUUAUGGCUCUGGUGGGCGAAGAUGAAGCUGCUCUACUGGCUGAUAAGCUUCAGGAUGCAGCUGACAGGUAUGCUGCUUUGGUUGAAAGGUCAGAGGCACUUGGUAGCUUACUCCAAAGAUCAAGACAGGGUUUACGUCACCUGGUCCUCAGUUACCAAGAGCUUCAAGCCUGGAUGGAGGGCAUGGAGAUCAGAUUGUCCAAGUACAGAGUCCUUGCAGUGCAUACAGAGAAGCUUCUCCAGCAAAUGGAAGAUCUUGCUGAUUUGACCGAGGAGGUUUCCACUCGGCAAACCGAAGUAGACAGUACCACAGACGCUGGAUUGGAAUUAAUGAAGCACAUCUCCAGCGAUGAAGCUCUUCAAUUGAAAGACAAACUCGAUUCCUUACAGCGAAGAUUCAACGAUUUGGUCAGUCGUGGUUCUGACUUGCUGAAACACGCCCAAGAGUCUUUACCACUUGUCCAACAAUUCCACGACAACCAUAAUCGUCUGAUGGACUGGAUGCAGGCUGCAGAAUCAGCUCUGCAAUCUGCCGAACCACGCGAAGACGAGAUUGUGCGAUUAGAAAUGGAGAUAUCAGAAUAUAGACCAGUUUUAGAUAAAAUCAACGCAGUAGGACCACAGUUGUCUCAAUUGUCGCCAGGUGAAGGCGCCGCUACUAUUGAAGGUCUAGUCACCAGAGACAACAGGCGAUUCGACGCAAUUGCUGAACAAAUUCAACGAAAGGCUGAAAGAAUUCAGCUUAGCAAACAACGUUCUCUGGAAGUUAUCGGUGACAUUGACGAUCUACUAGAGUGGUUCCGUGAAGUGGAUAAUCAACUGAGAGAGGCAGAACCACCAAGCAGCGAACCAGAAAUCAUCAGAGUCCAACUGAAGGAACACAAAGCCCUCAACGACGACAUAUCCAGUCAGAAAGGUCGUGUAAGAGACGUUAUAUCAACAGCAAAGAAGGUUAUCCGUGAAAAUGGCCAACACGAGGACACCUCAACCAUCCGAGAGAAAAUGGACGACCUCAGAGAAACCAUGGAAAUUGUCUCUGGUCUAUCAGCAGACAGACUUGGAGCUCUGGAACAGGCCUUACCAUUGGCUGAACAUCUACGCGACACGCACAUUGGUUUAGUGAGCUGGUUAGAAGAAGCUGAACAGCAAGUAGCCAUGCUUCCUAUGCCUGCUUUAAGACCUGACCUAAUAGCUGCCCAACAGGACAAGAACGAGAUGCUGAUGCAGAGUAUCAACGAGCACAAACCAUUAGUAGAAAAAUUGAACAAGACCGGUGAAGCUUUAUUGAAGCUUUGCAACGAAGAAGAAGGUAUCAAAAUACAGGAUAUUCUUGAAGCAGACACUGCUAGGUAUGCAGCCCUCAGAGCAGAACUUCGAAGUCGUCAACAGACCCUGGAACAGGCUCUCCAGGAGUCCUCACAAUUCUCCGAUAAACUCGAAGGAAUGUUACGUGCUCUUUCAUCCACAGCUGAUCAAGUUAACGGCGCAGAACCUAUCAGCGCUCAUCCAGGUCGUUUGAGGGAUCAAAUGGAGGAGAACUGUGCUUUGAUAGACGAAUUAGCUCACAGAUCAGAAGCUUACGCAGCUGUGAGGAGAGCAGCUGACGAUGUGAUCAGCAAAGCAGGUAACAGAGCUGAUCCAGCUGUGAAAGACAUCAAACGGAAGUUGGAGAAACUCAACAAAUUAUGGAGCGACGUGCAGAAAGCUACCAACGAUAGAGGACACACUCUCGACGAUGCUCUGGCUAUUGCAGAGAAGUUCUGGUCAGAAUUGAACGGAGUAAUGUCGACUCUGAGAGAGCUUCAAGAUGCUCUAGCAGGUCAGGCACCUCCAGCAGCUCAGCCAGCCGCUAUCCAACAGCAACAAGUGGCUCUGCAGGAGAUCAGACACGAGAUUGAUCAGACUAAACCGGACGUCGAGCAAGUUAGGGCUUCUGGUCACGAGUUGAUGGGUCUGUGUGGUGAACCAGACAAACCAGAAGUGAGGAAACACAUCGAGGACUUGGAUCAAGCAUGGGACAAUGUUACUGCUCUGUAUGCCAGGCGAGAGGAGAACCUGAUAGACGCCAUGGAGAAAGCCAUGGAGUUCCACGAGACUCUGCACGAUUUGUUAGAAUUUUUACAGGAAGCUGAGGAGAAGUUCGCCAGAAUGGGACCACUUGGAAGUGACAUCGACGAAGUUAAGAAACAGAUCAAACAAUUGGCCAAUUUCAAAGCUGAAGUAGAUCCUCACAUGGUCAAGGUCGAAGCUCUGAACAGACAAGCUGCCGAGCUAACUGAGAGAACAUCGUCAGAACAAGCCGCCGCAAUCAAGGAACCGCUUGGUGCAGUGAAUAAACGAUGGGAUGGACUACUUCGAGGUUUGGUGGAGAGGCAGAGACUCUUGGAGAACGCAUUAUUACGCUUAGGACAAUUCCAACAUGCUCUAGAUGAGUUGUUAGUAUGGAUAGAGAAGACAGACCUCACGUUGGACAACCUGAAAGCUGUGGCUGGAGAUCCACAAGUGAUAGAAGUAGAAUUAGCGAAAUUAAAAGUACUUGUGAACGAUAUUCAAGCUCAUCAAACAAGUGUCGACACCCUGAACGAUGCUGGAAGACAAUUAAUCGAAGAUGGAAAGGGAACAGCAGAAGCUUCGACAACAGCAGAGAAAUUAGGCACGCUGAAUCGUCGUUGGCGAGAUUUGUUGCAACGUGCAGCUGAUAGGCAACGAGAAUUGGAAGAUGCACUCAGGGAGGCUCAGUCCUUCACCGCUGAGAUACAAGAUCUUCUGUCUUGGCUUGGUGAUGUAGAUAAUACUAUAGUAGCUUCGAAACCUGUUGGAGGAUUACCAGAGACAGCUUCGGAACAGUUAGAACGAUUCAUGGAAGUGUACAACGAACUCGAACAGAAUCGUCCUAAGGUAGAGACUGUUCUUCAACAGGGACAGGAGUACUUGAAACGUGCAGACUCCAGCAGUGCAGGUGGAUUGAACCACAAUCUGAGAACCUUGAAACAACGAUGGGACAACGUGACUGCUCGUGCCAGUGAUAAGAAGAUCAAGUUAGAAAUUGCUCUUAAGGAGGCUACAGAGUUCCACGAUGCACUCCAGGCGUUCGUCGAUUGGUUAACUAACGCAGAAAAGAUUCUGACUAAUUUGAAACCAGUAUCCAGGGUAAUGGAGACUAUUCUUGGUCAGAUAGAGGAACAUAAAGCGUUCCAGAAGGAUGUUGGCGUCCAUCGUGAGACUAUGUUGAACCUGGACAAGAAGGGUACUCAUCUAAAAUACUUCUCGCAGAAACAGGACGUGAUUCUAAUCAAAAAUUUGUUGAUAAGCGUGCAACACAGGUGGGAGAGGGUAGUCUCUAAGUCUGCAGAGAGAACAAGAGCCUUGGAUCAUGGAUACAAAGAAGCUAGAGAGUUCCAUGAUGCUUGGUCUAGUUUGAUGAACUGGUUAGACGAGACAGAGAAGAAUUUGGACGAGGUUGCUGGAGAUGGUGGUCUUGGAGGAAACGAUCCAGAGAAGAUCAAAACUAGACUGAAUAAACACCGUGAAUUGCAGAAGGCUCUGAGUGCUAAACAAGGAACCUACGACGCCACCAUGAAGAGUGGAAAAUCAUUGAAAGACAAAGCUCCCAAGUCAGACGAAUUUGCACUGAAGGAAUUGUUGAACGAGCUGAAGAACAAAUGGACCACCAUCUGUGGUAAAUGCGUGGACAGGCAGAGGAAGCUUGAAGAAGCAUUGUUAUUCUCUGGACAGUUUAAGGAUGCGAUUCAGGCGUUACUGGAAUGGCUCAGUAAAUCUGAGAAACAACUGGCGAACACUGGACCGCUUCAUGGUGAUUUAGACACUGUAAUGAAUUUAGUGGAACAGCACAAGACCUUCGAAAAGGACUUACAAUCUCGAGCCUCGCAGAUGGAGUCUGUGAUCAAAACUGGUCGCGAGCUCUUAGGCAAGGCUACACCGGAUGAUGCUUCUGCUAUUGACUCUCAAUUAGCUGAAUUGAACAAUCUUUGGGACACGGUAACUAGAUUGUCCUCUGACAAGACUGAAAGAUUGGAAGAUGCCCUCAGAGAAGCUGAACGCCUGCACAAGGCUGUUCACGUGCUUCUAGAGUGGCUGAGUGACGCUGAGAUGAAGUUGAGAUUCGCUGGACAGUUGCCAGAAGACGAGCAAGAAAGUAGGAAUCAAUUGAUGGAACACGAGAAGUUCUUGCGUGAAUUACGUACUAAGGAGGUUGAGAAGGACCAAACUUUGGAGUUAGCUCAUAUGAUUCUUGCUAAGGCUCAUCCUGAUGGAGCAUUGGUUAUCAAACAUUGGAUCACAAUUAUUCAGUCGAGAUGGGAAGAGGUUGCCACUUGGGCGCAGCAGAGAAACCAGAGGUUGGAGAACCAUAUGCGAGGACUUCAAGACCUCGACAAUCUUUUAGAGGAAUUAUUGUCAUGGCUAGAGGGCUUAGAGAACACUUUGAACGCUCUCGAGGCUGAACCUCUGCCAGACGAUAAAGCCACCUUAGAAAUGCUGAUCGCAGAUCACAGAGAAUUCAUGGAGAACACCAGUCGCAGACAGAACGAAGUCGAUCGUGUUUGCAAGGCCAGACAGAUCAAACCCACGAAAGACACGAAGAAGAUAUCGAAGGCUAAGUCACCUGCACCAACCCGAGCCAGCCCAGGUCGUGACAGAACACCCGAUUCGUUGCCGCACAUCGGCCCACGGUUCCCACCUAAAGGAAGCAAAGGCGCUGAGCUGGAGUUCCGUAGCCCAAGGGUGAAACUUCUCUGGGACAGGUGGAGACAUGUUUGGAUGCUGGCGUGGGAGCGUCAACGUCGCCUGCAGGAUAAGUAUAAUUACAUCCAGGAGCUGGAUCGUGUUGCUAACUUCAGCUGGGAAGACUGGCGUAAGAGGUUCUUGAAAUUCAUGAACCACAAGAAGUCCAGACUGACAGAUCUCUUCAGGAAGAUGGAUAAGAACAACGACGGUCUGAUUCCUCGUGAGGACUUCAUUCAAGGAAUCAUGAACACCAAAUUCGAGACGUCAAGGUUGGAAAUGGGAGCAGUUGCGGACUUGUUCGAUCGUCAUGGUGAAGGACUGAUAGAUUGGAAGGAGUUCAUCGCUGCUUUGAGACCAGACUGGGAGGAACGUAGGACAUAUAACGAUACCGAUAAGAUCCACGACGAAGUGAAACGAUUGGUGAUGCUUUGUACUUGUCGCCAGAAAUUCCGCGUGUUCCAAGUUGGCGAAGGAAAAUACAGGUUCGGAGACAGUCAGAAAUUACGAUUGGUUCGAAUUCUACGAUCGACCGUAAUGGUACGAGUCGGUGGUGGAUGGGUAGCCUUGGACGAAUUUCUAUUAAAAAAUGACCCUUGCCGCGCGGAGGAGUUUAUGAACCAGCUGACGCCGAUUUUUGAGAGUUUGAGGCAAAAGGAGGACCUCCCGUGCUCGUAUCCCCUCCACAUGCACGCCCCCUCUUAUCAUUGGGUGAGGGAACGCAGCGCUCGGAGCGUUCCCAUGGGACAAUCGAGGGCCUCGCGCUCAUCGUUGAGUGCCGGCACGCCUGAUAGUCUGAGCGAUAACGAGAGUUGCUUCAAGAUCGGCACUGCCAGGAAAACGAGCACUCCUUAUAGGAGCACUAUGACUCCAGGCGGUAGUCGUCCAUCAAGUAGACCAGCGUCAAGACCAACGUCCAGACCGACCAGUAGACCAGGUAGUAGGCCUGCUUCUAGGCAAGGUAGCAAGCCACCGAGUCGCUAUGGUUCCACACAGUCGUUAGAUAGCACUGACGAUUCGACCAAUAUGAGCAGAAUUCCACGAAGAACAGCAGUGAGCACCACAGGAAACACUCCUACAUCUAGCAGGCACAACAGCGUCUCCGGAAAGCGUUUACUAACACCUGUGAACGGUUCGAGUUCACGACCACGAACACCCACUGGAUUAGUUAGUCCUGCCAGUGGUGUUCCAGCUAGGUUUGGCACAAUCCAUAGAGCUUCGAGCAUUCCAACCCUGACUGGUGUCGGCACACCGAUCAGCCGCUCGAGGAUCCCCGUGUACGUGGGUACGGAUAUUAAAUCCCCACAAUCGACGACCAGCAAUAUUUCCACUCAUUCUACGCAAAGCAACCACUCGACGGUUUCUACCGAUUCUACCGGGAGCAGCUCGAUGUGUACAAAUUCAGCAACUAACACCUCGUCGGCCGUUAAGCAAGCUAGAACAAGGACACCGUCCAGCGGAUCGAGCACGCCACUGCCGCCAUCUCUGAAGCUGUCGAGAAAACCGUCAGGCGCAUCGGACACAUCCGUGUCGACGACACCGAGCAGCCAGCGAAAAGGCAAACCGACGCCGAUCGACCAACGGGCACCGUUCCGAUUAUAGUGGAGAAACAACAUAGUAGUCACCAGAAGGCCAAACUAAACUCGAAGAAAAAAUUCCUCUACGUGAUCGUCGAUGAUAUCGAAUCGACGGGACGUCGACGCGCGACGCUUAGGUUAUUCUAAUAUAUGUAAUAACGAUUCGAAUGCGAGGCCGCCACCUGAGAGAAAAUUUCUCCGUGUCGUAGCUAGCUUUCGCUGCCUCGAGAUUUACACGAAUAAUUUAUUAAUCACGGUUUUCGAUUAACCGUCGGAGCAUAGAGAAGCCGCAUCUCUCGGGGACGUCCGAAUCGAGUGAAAGAGCUUAACACUAUUGAGAUAUUUUGUAAAAAAGGAAACUAAACAAAAAAAAAAGAAUGAUAAAUAAAACAUAAUGCAUACAGGCGCGGGGAGAAGUGAAAUGGACGCCGUUGCAAAGCGAUCCAAAAGAGAAAUUAUCCGUGAAACUGGGUCGCGGUUGUAAAUCGAGGUGUACCGAUUAACCGUUUCGUAAUAAGUUUCUUUACCGAGGAUUAGCGAUAACGAUUAUUAUUAACGUAAUUGUAAUUUUACGUUAUCCGUAGGGACUAGGUUUUUACCGGUCGUAACACGAGUAAAAUUGAAAUACAAAAAAAAGGUACGGUGGAGAAAAAGAGGAAAAGAACGUUUCGAGGAGAAAAAGAGAAAGACAUUCUCUAUGUCGCCGCGGUGUAUGCGUAUUCACGAAUCAUGGAAUUCGACGAUACGGCGUACGCUUGAUCCCGCGUCGCUGACUUUAUAUACGUAUAUAUAAAUGUCGAUCGAUCUAUUUUCUAUUUCGUUGUUCCGUUACCUUCAAUCAGUUUUCUUUCUCUUCUUAUUUUUUCUCUUUCUCUCUCUCUCUGUCCGUCUGUCUUGUUUGUUGAUAGAAAGGGGCCCUACGGAAAGAGCAACAAAAACCUAACGGAAACAGUGAUGAAAGAAACAUGACGGAUUAUUGUUGAAGCGUUUAGUAAUUGAGGAAGAAAAGAGGUUACGUAUUUAUGUACAUAUUGCUCGAUUUCUCCGGGUCGGUAUCGCGCCGGGAACCACUCCGCGAAUAAGACAGUUUCCUAAUGAAG